GCAGGCACCUCGGGGAGCCCGGGGAGCCGCGGUGCUCUCUUUCCCUGAGCUAGGUUUCUAUUGUAGGCGGUGCAUUCCUUGGGAGGGAGGGUGUGUGUGUGUCGGUGCCUUCCCACACUCGGGGCAGCUCUUAUUUAAUGGGGGUCUCCAUGCAGGGCAGACGCCAGAAUAGGUUUUGCCGUUCCCGGUUCCCAUCCAGGAACAGCAGCAGCUGGAAUGCCAGGCGCCGGCAUGGACCGCGUGGUGGAGAUAACCCUGGAGGAGGCGACUCCUGGAUCCAACCAAGCCUCCAGGAUGCACCUCCGGGAGGAUUUGCGGAGGAUACGGUGCGCGGUGCUGCUGUGCCUGCUCUCCGUCCUGGUCCUGGCGUUGCCCAUUGCCUACCUACUGGUUGGAAACUUCCGAGCCCCCAGCUCCUGCGCCGGCCAGGUGACAGAAGAGAGGGGCUCUCGCUUUCUGAAGCAGCGGGCAGUACACACCGUUACAGAUACACUUUCCAGUGCAGAAAAGCCAAGAGCGCACCUGACAGUGAAGAAACAAGACUUUGCCAACACCGUGGGAAACCAUCUGCCCAUCCUGCAGUGGGAAGACAAGCGAGGAUUGGCCUUUACCAAGAACAACCUGAGUUAUUCCAGCAACGCACUGGUGAUACCUGUGUCUGGGGACUACUAUGUCUACGCUCAGGUCACUUUCCGAGGGCCCAUUGAAGGGUCCAGUAAAACAAAUUCUGUCACUGAGAUCAUCACCAAAGUGACUGAAAGUUACCCCGAGCCCACCCAGCUGCUGACGGGCACCAAGACCCUCAGUGAAAAGGGAAACAGCUGGUUCCAGCCCAUUUACCUGGGCGCUGUGGUCUCCUUAGAAGCAGGAGACAAGCUAAUGGUCAACGUUAGCGACAUCAAGCUGGUGGAUUACACCAAGGAGCACAAAACUUUCUUUGGUGCCUUUUUACUGUAGGUCCCUGGCAGCAGCUGGUGGGGGCUUCCCUUCAGGGCCCUGGUGGGACCUCGCUGGACCUUGGCUUUGUGGGCACGCAUCGGGGUGCAAUCUCUGUGCUGUCAUCCUUCUUCUGUACUGUCACUCGCCUGCAGCUCCCUGCAGCCUUAAAUUAAGGGGCAGGGAAAGCUGAAGCCAAACAAACUAAAAAAUCCAACAAAACCAAACCCAAAAGAAACAGAAAAAUGAAAGUCAAAUUGGAGGAAAAAGUACAUUUUUGAAAGUGAAAACUGAGAACUCUUCAAAACCAUGUAAGCCAAAGAGGAACAGUUUAUACCUGUGGGUAGGAAUAUUGAUGUUGAAUAUUGCAGCUAGGUUACAUCUCUAAUUCCACCUUGAAUGUACAAUUUCCUCAACUCAAAAAAGUGUUUUGAACUUUCUCCAGCACUUCCAGUAUAGUUUUGCAUGACCCUUCUUCAGAUUCUCAGUUCUAAAAGGUAAUUACUUUUCAUCAUUUCCUUACAAAUAGAUCUGCUCAGUACUUUGCACUAAUAUAAAACUCAGAUUAACUCAGAUUAACUGCUUAAUUAACCCCUCCCAACUUCCUUGUAAAGUAGAUUAAAAUUCUAUCUUGUGUUGUGCAGAAUCUAUUUGAAAUUUUUUUUUCCCUAAGAAAUUGUUUAUAGUUCUUUAAGUCAUUAUACAGCCUUAAAACUUUAUGCAGAAUUUCUAGGGAACACGCACAAACACUUUCUGUUUCGGCACGAAAGGGGAAUCUCCCCACCAGGUCCUAACAUUAGGAAAACAGAAAAGACAGAGACAGACUUGCAACAAAAUUUUCCACACUUUUUAAAUCAACCACUGAAAUUUUGAGAGAAACCCUCUGCAAUAUUUUGCUUUCCAUUGUGUUUCAUACAAAGCAAGUGCAGCUAAAGAAACCACUGUCUUGGUGCUCCCCAUUGCAACCAUUGUCAAUGAUGCAGGGGUCCCCUAACCGCAAGGGACUCCCAGCCUUUCCCUGGGGGAGAGCUCACAACCAGUAUUCCCUCCACAAGGUCAAAAGAUCCAAAACCACGAUCGUAGCGUGCCAUGGCCAGGUGCAGAGCCCAGGAAUGUCUAGCUGCUCACCUUGCACUUAUUUAUUUUCAUAGACCUUGUUGACUCUCAGGGAAAUUCCCCAGCUUUUCUUCUUCUCCUGCAAUAAAUACUUCACUGACAAUGGCUCAAGUCACAUUCUCAUAAACUUGGACUUUAGAGUCUUAACUGCCAGGUCUCACACCUACCACCCAACCCUUCUGCAAUGAGCAGGCUUCACCCUCUGCAAUUCUUUCUUUUUCCUACCCCAACUCAUCGGACUUCCUCUAGUUUCUACUUCUUGGCAAGAAGUCACUUCCAAAGCUCAAUUGUCUCAUUAAUGAGUUAAUGUUUCCACUCAAAGCCACCAUGGGGCACAAAAGCACACUGUUAGUGUCAGGGAGGCACUGAGGUUGGGGAAUACAUAGCACCAGGGAUGGGGGGUUGUAGCUAAAGAGCUCAAAUGGGCAAAGAAGUUCUUUGGUGGAGACAGCCUAGCUACAAAAGACCAUGUGUGAUAUUGCAGCCCAACUAGCAGUGAGACCAGGCUGCUUUGUCCACAGUGAGGCUCUGCCAAGUGGGAGACAAUUUCUUGCUAUAUAAAGAUCUGUUUGAGCUGACAAGGAAAAGUUAGUAGCACAGCUGAAGUGUAGAGCAUAGAGAAAGGCCAAGGCAGAUUGGGUGUGAAGGGAGGAGAGGAGCAGAGUAGGAGGUGGGAGAUCCAGGCAACACCAGGUUCUCUGCCUCUUCAUGGCUUUCAUGCUGACAGCAUUGUACUUCUUAAACCUAGCAGGUCUUUUAUGUAGUAAAUCAUCUCAGAAAAGAAGGCUUUCUGGCCAUCCUUCCCCAUUCUGCAGUGCCUGGGUCCUAUAGUAGGUCUCAGUCCCUCACUGUUGUAUCUACACUGAGACAGCAUUAAACACAUGCCAAAAGCUAAGAGAUUGCCCUCUUUCCCUCCUCUUCUUUCUUCAGCAGGUGUCUUUCUUGCUUCCAGAUUCUCCUUGAGUCUAGUCAUUGGGUGUUGGCCCACUAUAUAACACUGCCCAUCUAGGAGACCUUGACAGUGUUCCUGCACCAAAACCUCAUUACACUUUGGCUUCCCAUCCUGUCUUUGACUUGUCCUUCAUUUUCCCCACAUCCACAUCUCAGCUGUCCUCUUUGUCCUUUUUUCCCACGGGCACCUUCCUGCCUUCUUGGCCCUGUCCAUUAGGUACAAGGACAUCUUUUUGUCCACAUCUAAUUUUCUACACAAAACUUCUCUCUUUCAGUCACCCCACUGCACAGAGAAAACUGACAUCAGAAAAUAGGUUAGGAUGGCAGAAAACAAAGGUAAUGAUCCUGCUAGCAGGUGCAAAAGCUUUGGCCAAAACAUCCUCUUCUGUCUUUAUUAGCUAGAUUGACUUCCAUCCUGAAGUCUUUACUCCUGUGUUUCUUCAGCCUUUACUUUCAAGCUGAGACAGGAGCAGUUAAUCCCCACAUCUCAGUACCUAGCACACGCAACCUUGCCUCAUUUCUUCUCAGAAAGGGCGUCUGGUCAUUCAGCAUGUUGGAAGGGCUGUUCUUACUGCUGAGAAACCCCCUCCACCAAGGUGAAACCUGGUGAAAUCUCGCUCUCUUGGCAGUUCAAGACAAGGGUAUUCUCUGGGAAACCCUAAGACUUUCCAUAUCUCAGCUUUUCUAAAGUGUUCUCUCAACACUUUCAGUCCUGAGCUUCUGAUCCCUUAGUUGUGUGCUCAAAACAGGAUCUGAGCUCAUGAAAACAUGAAGCUAGCAACUCUUGCAGAUCACCACAUCGAGCACUUUAGGUGACUAGCACUCAAAACAAUGUGGCAAAUCUCAUAAAGGGAAGACUUAAAAGUGACCUGUCCAGAACAGGUGGUUCUCAGCAACUAAGUAGGAAAGCUUCUGUGAAGUGUUACAUAGGAUGAAUUUGGUUUAUCCUUUGAUAAAAUUAGAGUGCAAAUUCUGGCUGUUUUGAGACAGUUACAGAAAUUCAGAAAGCUCUUUAUUUCUACAAAUGAGAUUAUGUAGCUUUCUUCUGAGGCCAUAACUCGAUCCUGAUAGCCUUAUGCAGCAGAUUUCCAUAAAAACUCUAUCUCAAGUCAUCAUCACUUAAUGCCUGGUGCGCUUAAUGAUAGUAAAUAUGAGGUCUGAGAUAGAGGAGUGGUGAAUGCAGCAUUUGGCAUACAAUGAAUCAAUCUUUUAUGGGAUAUAUACAUAUAUAUACAUAGACAUACAUGUAUUUUUGUGUAUAUUCCAUAGAAAUUCUGGGAAACCCAUGGCAAUAAUGAGCCUUAUAUACCACAAGGCACAUAAUUUGUAUCCACUGUACACUAACAAUAAAGGUCACAAGCAAAAAAUUGCCUGCUGCCGCUCCAUUGCAGGUCUGACUCUCUCAAUCCAUUAUCCAUAGCACAAAAAUAUUUAUUUUAGUCUAGUUAGGGCAAGCUUUUGCAUGCCAUUACACACACCAGGUUUUAGAACGUUUAGUACAUUUAGCACAGUUUGUAUGACAUACAGUAAUAUACCUGGCAUUACUUGUUUUAAAGUGGUGUAGGCAUAUUAAUCCAUACAUCUAUCCUAGUGGAAAUUCUCUCUUUCUCCCUUUUUUCCCCCUCUCAGUGCUAAUAAUGCUCCUGUAACAGUGACCAGCAAAUACAAUAAGUAUUCAGGGACUCAUUCUGCCCCUGUUAUACAUCAGAUAUUCCUCCACAGAAGUCAAUGGCAUGAAAUCAGAGUAAAGCCACUUAAGUGAGACAGAGGUCAAGCUUAAAGAGAAAUACCUCAAACAGACUGACCCCAAGCCGUGGAUUUGCAGAUUUUUCUAAAGAAAAACAAGGGCAGAAGUGUUCUCAGAAAUUUGUUUUUAUUGAAUUAGAAAAAUUUCUUUAAUGUAAAUAAUUUCUGGACAAGUGAAAAUACAUAGACAUCAGCAUUUUCAGUUGAAUAGGAAGAUGAUGAAAUCUGGUCAUGUGAACUAGUGACCUUUCAGUGUGUGGUCAAACUGAAAAUGUGUUUUGUUUUGGGUGGAUGUGAAACUAAAACAGUUAUAAAAAAAAAUCCAGGCUGGAGAAAAGGGUGAAAUAGACAGCUUAUGUUAAAUGAGCUCAAAGGUAUAUGAUUUUAGGUUUCGACCCUUGCUUUUC